ACACAUAACCACUCCUUUGCGUUGCGCAGUCGGAUAAAAAACGCGCAACGGCAGCGUAGUGCGCAACUUCAAGAAUGCCUUUCAUUACAUAAUAAGCUUGAAAACGACGCAAUGUUAUUUAGACCCAUGGGUCCUAUGGCAAUACUAAAGUUUAAAUAAGGUCUAGGGAAGAACCGUGUUCUUAAUUAGUAUCUCAUCAAAUCACAGCUUGCGUGUGAAUGGGUUUAAUUAGCCCAACUACACGCAUUAGAAGCGCAGGCCUUACGAAAAUUAUUCAUGACCUUCUCAUAAGAAACUUCAUCAUUCAUAGAUGCUUAGUUUUGCGUACAGUGCGUUAAAGAUCGCGCGGAUUGAGAUUUUUUAUUUAUAUAUCAGCGAUAUGAAAUCGUUUUUUGUUUUUCUGUGGUUAUGUCGGUUUAUUCUGGCCGUAACCGACACGGGAACUCCUACUGGCCUUCUUGCUGACUGCCCAGGAAUGACUAAAAACACCACUUUAUCACAAAAAACAAGAAAUUCGUUAACCGUGGUCGCGCUAUGGCCGAGCGGCGGCUGGCUGGGCAGCAAGGAAGCGACGUGUCAGCUCAGUCAGCAGGGGGCAGGGUGUGUGGCGAAACAUCUCGACUUCAAAAAAAGGAAAACCGUGGUAUUCGUAAGCGGUUACCUAGACGCAUCGUUCUCGCCAAUUUCGAGGACAUUGGCUGCCACUUACAUUGAUCGCGGCAACAACGUCAUCAUUGUGGAAAUCUAUCCCAUACUUCAUCGGAGCUAUCCUAUUGCAGCUCGCCUCACGAAGCCGCUAGGACACCUGUUAGGAGAGUUUCUGGCUGAGUUGACGGGGAGAGGCCUCUCUCCUCGCAAGCUGGAACUGCUCGGCGGCAGUCUGGGAGCGCACAUCGCGUCGUAUGCCGCGAUGCGGUACCACGAGCUUACACAUUACAAACCUGCUAGAUUAACUGGUCUGGACCCAGCUGGACCAUGUUUCCGCAACCUACCACGCGGCGAGAGGAUUCACUCGGACGUGGCUCACAAAGUGGACGCGGUUCAUACCAACAUCGACGGCUUCGGCUUGCCCGAACCUGUCGGACACGUGGACUUCUAUAUCAAUGGAGGCGAAUUCCAGCCAGCAAUGGAGUUAAACUACCUACUUCCCUGUCUCCAACUGUGCAGUCACGUACGAGCAGCCAUUUACUGGAUCAUAGCGAACUUCGAAACAGACAAAUUCCUAGCAGUCCGUUGUUCGUCCUUGGCUGAUGUGCGACGCGGGAACUGUUACCAGGAACACAUAGAAAUUAACGUGUUAGGUCCAAAGACGAACUUCAGUAGGCCAGGACUUUACUAUUUACCUACCAUGGAAUCGCACCCGUUUUAUCUGGGGGAAAAGGGUCUUAAACCGAGAAAGUUCGCCGCAAAUCAUUAUUUAUUGAAUCUCACUCCUGAUGAGGAUAUUGUUGUAUGAGUAAAUGUUAUUUUUAAA